AUGUUACAACAACCCGUCGAUCAAUGGGACGCGUUAUUAAAUUAUCUUGUAAUUUCUAAAAUUGAUAAGAAAACUCAUCAAGAGUGGGAGAUGUUAAUGAAUAAAGGCUCUGAACUAGUUACAUUUUCCGAACUUAGCAAUUUUUUAAAUCAACGCUGCACAAUAUUAGAAGCAAUUAAUCCGACUGAAACAAGAAUCGGAAACUCCAGUAAAUUUAAAGAUAUAAAACCUAAUUAUGCAAAACAUACCAAGUCUUACGCUACAUCCACUAAUCACAAAAAUAUUUGCCCAAUUUGCAAAGAGCCAUUUCAUUCACCGUUCAAAUGUCAAGGUUUUCGGACACUAUCUCCAGAAGAUAGAGUAAGCAAAGUAAAUCAAUUAAAACUAUGCACGAAUUGCUUACGUUACAAUCACAACAGCGAUCAAUGUACUUCUUUAAAUCGUUGUGCCUUUUGUAAUUCAAAUCAUCAUAGUCUUCUGCAUAUAGACUCAAGCCAAUUACCAGCUGUUAAUAAUACACCACAAAAUGUUUCGUGCCAUACCGAAAAUGAUUCAAGUCAAAUCAUCUUAUCUACAGCAGUAAUUAAUGUAUUAGAUAGCAAUAAUAGAUAUAGAGCAUGUAGAGUAUUAUUAGAUUCGGGAUCACAAUCCAAUUUCAUCACGGAGAAGUUUGCUAAUGAGCUCGGGCACAUGAGCGAAGUCAACGAAUCUUCCGAACCCGCGACGUGUUUCUAUUUGCCUCAUCACGGGGUGGUAAAACCAGACAGUUUAACAAUGAAAUUGCGUGUAGUGUUCGAUGCAUCUUGCAAAACCGAUGCAGGCCUGUCGUUGAAUGAACUACAACUUGUUGGACCCACAAUUCAAAAUAAUAUUUUUUCUAUCAUACUAAGAUUCAGAAGACAUGCGUUUGUACUUACAGCUGAUAUAGAAAAAAUGUACAGACAAGUUUUGGUUCACGAAAACGACAGAAAAAUGCAAAGAAUAUUCUGGAGGGACAAUCCUAGCAGCAAAUUAAAAAUUUAUCAAUUAAAUACAGUAACAUACGGAACAGCAUCUGCGCCGUUUUUAGCCAUACGCUGUUUGGAGCAGUUAGCCAGAGAAAACAUAACUAACUAUACAAAGGAAUGCGAAAUUCUCAGAAAUGAUUUCUACGUUGACGAUUUAUUAACGGGAACUGAUAACAUAUCCGAAUUAUUCACUAUUAAAAAUAACCUUUAUAAUCCAACUUUAAACAUCGGCGAACAAACUAUCAAAACUUUAGGUAUAUCUUGGAAUUCGGUAACAGACAGUUUUGAAUUUGACUACAAAAAUAUAAGAAUAAAUCAAAUAGUUACGGCAAGAUCUCGAGUAGCACCAUUAAAAAAUAUUACACUCCCCCGUCUCGAGCUUUGUGCGGCACAACUGCUAGCAAAUCUUGCGCAAAUAACUAAACAUGCAUUAAAUAUCGCGUUUGACAAAGAAUUCUAUUGGAGCGAUUCCACAAUUACUCUUUCGUGGAUAAGAUCUCCAUCUUAUAAAUGGAAAACCUUCGUUGCCAAUAGAGUUUCUGAUAUUCAAACAAAAACAGACGCAAAUAACUGGCUACAUGUCCGAUCGGAAGACAAUCCAGCGGACCUCAUAUCACGCGGGUGCUAUACACAUGAUUUAUUGAAUUCAUCCUUGUGGUGGGCAGGCCCAUCUUGGCUACAAAAUCUAACUGAAACACAGCGACGUGCAACUGACAAUAUCUUAAUUCCUGAAACUGAUGUCGAAAGUCAAAUCACAAGUUUGACUUGUACAAAAAUUAACAAUAACGAACAUUUUUUCUUAUACUCUUCCCUUAUUAAACUCGUGCGCGUAACUGCUUUUUGUUAUCGAUUUUUACAAAAUUUAAAACUAAAGAAGAAAGAAAAAGAACUACUGUAUGGCCCACUCACGGUCGAUGAAUUCAAUAAUUCACUAAACAAGUUAAUAAAAAUAUCACAAUAUGAAAUAUUCAAACAAGACAUAGAUAUAGUCGCGCGUGGGGAAGCAUUACACAAAUCGUCGAAAUUAAAAUCAUUAACACCGUUUUUAGACAAAAAUGGAAUAUUGCGCGUCGGCGGUAGGAUAAAGAAUUCAAAUUUACCAUAUGAUAAAUGCCAUCCGAUAAUACUACCAAAAAAUCAUCAAUUGACUAUUCUGAUAACUAGGCAUGAGCAUUUAAAACUGUAUCAUUGCGGAGCACAGAUGUUAUUAAAUGCGUUGCGUAAUACUUAUUGGCCUAUCGGAGGCAGAAACCUGACAAGAUCGAUCGUGAAAAAAUGCGAUACAUGUUUUAAGGUAAAACCUACAUUUAUUAAUCCAAUAAUGGGCAAUUUGCCUAAAUAUCGCGUUACACCGCAGUCACCUUUCUUUAUAUGCGGAGUAGAUUACGGAGGUCCUAUCUUAUUAAGAGAUCGUCAAACAAGAGGAUACAAAAAAUUUAAGGCUUACAUAUGUUUGUUCGUGUGCCUUGUUACAAAAGCAAUACAUAUCGAAUUAGUAUCUGAUUUAACUACGAAUAGUUUUUUAGCCACUUUUAAACGAUUUAUGGCGCGACGCGGAAAACCUCGCGAAAUCUAUUCCGAUAAUGGAACAAAUUUUAUAGGCGCAGCAUCAGGAUUAAAGGAGCUUUAUAAAUUUUUACAACAAAAAUCAAAUCAAAAUAAGAUUGUUAAUGAUAUGACCAACGAAGGCGUGUCAUGGAAGCACAUUCCACCAAACUUUCCUCAUUUUGGAGGAAUUUGGGAGGCGGGCAUAAAGUCGUGCAAGGCUCAUUUAAAGCGAGUAUUGGGUAAUGCUAUUUUAACUUUUGAAGAUUUUUAUACGGUUUUGACACAGAUCGAAGCAAUAUUAAACUCGAGACCAAUCUCUCCCUUAAGCUCCGAUCCCAAUGACUAUGAUCCCUUAACUCCUGGUCACUUUCUUAUUGGAAAAUCCUUAACAUCUGCUCCCGAUCCAUCCGUGCUUGAAACCCUUGAUAACAGGCUUUCUCGGUAUCAACGACUACAGAAACUUGUGCAACAUUUUUGGAAGCGUUGGCACAAAGAAUACGUAUCGGAGCUGCAGACAAAAACAAAAUGGCAAGUUCAACCAUCGCAACCAGCUAAGGUAGGCGAUAUGGUAGUGGUCAGAGAAGACAAUUUACCUCCACUACACUGGCGAUUGGGGCGUAUUCUUGACACACAUCCAGGAGAUGAUGGACUUGUGCGUGUUGUGACAAUCAAGACACAAAAUGGUGUACUCAAACGUGCAAUUAAUCGAAUUUGUGUAUUACCAAAAUCAUAG